AUGUCCAGUGGGAGCUCCGAGGUGGAAUCGGUGGGGGUUAUGUCGGAACCCGCGCUUCCGCCCAUCCGCGACCUGUCCCCGCUCUCGGCUCGGCGCGCUCUGUCCACGUGUUCGUCCUCCGCCUUCCGCACGUACAUCACGGCGCGCUUCCAGGACGCGCAGUCGCUGGGGCUCAACAGAGCGCCGCCGCCCGCGGAGCACUUGCUGCCCUCCGCCGCGAGCGACGCCAGCGGAAGCGGAGGCGGAGGCGGAGGCGGAGGCGCAGGCGGAACGGCGCAGCUGCUUCCCCGCCUCGUGAUGUCCCGCGGGAAGGCGCAAGAGGGAUCGCGGGAGGAUGGCGCGCGGAGGUUGUCGCUCGACGUGUACGCGUCCAGGAGGCAGGCCGCAGAUGGCGCCAGUGACAGCGCCAAUCGCGGCGGCGGCAGCGGCGGCGGCUACGGCGGCGGGGAGAUAGACGCGAUGGGGCUACGAGACGACGAGCUGUCCGUGAAAGCCGGUCGCUUCACGGGGCACAUGGCGGCGAUUCGGCGCCUGCAGGACGUGCGCCGCGCCGACCUGGUGGCGGCGCUGCUGUCGGAUAGCAACUGGCCGGCAGGCCUCGCCAUGGACGACCGAGUGAAGCUGGAUCAAUUCGCUGCUCUCUUCCCCUCCCACUCUUACCGCAACUCCCGCUCCUCCCACCCCUCGUCCUCCGCGUCUCUCGCCGCGUCGCUCGUCGCCGGCGUGCCCGUCUUCGCCGUCACCCCCGCCGCGCAAUGCGGGGGGAAGGGUAGCAGGUGGGACAAGUUCUCCAACGAGUCGUGUCUGCUGAGCUACUACGCGUUCCUGCAGAUGCUCUUUCUCGACGUUUUCUGGGCGGCGCUCGCCGCCAUCGCCGCCGCCACCGCCGUCGGGAGCGACGCCGCCUUGGGCGACGCCUGGGACGGCGACACGGCUCGCGAACUGCCCGGCACGCCGCGCGGCGAUGGCUGGCGCAGCCCCACGGCGGCGGUGACGGCGGCAGGGGCGGCGCCAGGGACGCCGAGAGCCCGCGCCGGACCGCGCUCUCCGCUCUUCCCGCCGGCGAGCCCGCGCUCCUCGCACGACCCGUUCCCGGCGUCGCCCAAACUCUCUCCUUCUGCCGCUGCUUCCGCCGCCGGCCUCGCUCCCAGCGGCCCGGCGCUGCAGCGCGCCGCGGCGCUGGUCCCCCGCAGCAGCUGUCUGGGCAGCCUGGCGAACGCGGCGCCGGGGGAGGGCGAGCGCAACCGGCGGCAGCAACUGGCGCGGCGCUGGGUGGCGAUGUGUCCGCCGGGGAGCGACGCGGUGGAGGAAGUGGUGGAGAUCGUGUCGCGCGUCAUCGCGCGCCUGCGCGCCGAUAUCAUCCUGGAGGCUGCUGCGGCCGCCGCCAACGGCGACGCCGACGGCGGCGGCGGCGGCGGGAGUGGCGGCGGCGACCCGGGCUGGCGCCGAGGCGACGAGAGCAGCGCAGACGCGCAGCGGUGGGAGGAACGGGAGGCGGAGGCGGUGCGGCAGAUUCAUAAGCUGGGAUGCGAAGACGUGGAUCGGCUGUUGUGGGGGCUGGAACUGGGUCGCUCGAGCCGCGACGGUCAACGCAAAAGCCAUGACUCGCAUGACGUGCCCAAAGAGGCUUCCAAGGUCGCUGAGCGUAUAGUGAGCGUGCUUAUAGAGGGAGCGAAUGGCGGCCGGGGUGUGCAGGGGGGCGCGCGGGGAGCGGAGGGGACAAGUGGCUCCGCCUCCGGCGCUGCUAGCGGUGGGGACGGGCUGCGGGGAGCUCUGCCUCCCCCGCCCGCGCGUACGGCGGGGAGCCUUGCGCGGAACCCGUCGCAAGGGGAUCUCAAGUCGUCGUCGUUCCUCGCGCUCGCCAUCGGCGCGUCGGGGGGAGGGGGCGCGGACGCGAAAGACGCGGGGACUCCGCGGGAAAGCGGCGGAGGUGCGCUGGGCGGGAGCAGAAGCGGGAGGUGGCAGCGCGGUGAGGGUGCGGAGAGGGAACGGGAUGGUCGGGAUGAUCCGUACGGCCGUGGCAGCGCAGCCUGUACGGCUGGGAAGCAACGAAGCGCACAGGCUGAUGCGUACAGGCGAGAUGAGCCGUACGAUCGGCGCGAUCGAGACGAGCGUCCGGGGGGGCGGAGCGACAGGCGCGGGGAGACGAGGAAUGACAGGGACGCGGAGGCACGAAGGUCGGGAGGUGGGCGGGACGAUGCACGCGGGGGGGGGGAGAAAAAUGACGAUGGCUACCGGGGAGGGGCGGAAGAGAUGGGAGAGAAUGCGGAGCGCGGGAGCAGCGGUCGUUUGAAAGAGGAGAAGCGGGAGGCGGAGCGAGAGGCGCGGAGAGAGGCGGAGAAGGAGGAGCUGCAGCGGCGGCAGCAGCAGUGGCGGAAAGGCGACGACCCCGCGGCGCUCAGCGCGGAUCCAUCCCGGCGCUUCGAGAAGACGCUGUUCGGCGGUGGGGGUGGGGGCGGAGUAGGAGGCGGGGAGAGCGGAGCGGGAGGAGCGGGGAUGUCGCGCCUUCGCUCUCUCUCCCCACUGCGCUCCACCUCCCCCCAUCGUCCCGUUUCUCCCGUGUCCCCGUUUCGCGCCUCGAAUCCAGCGUUGCCUAUGUCUCCCUAUCGAGCGCCUGAGGCGGCGCUUUCCCCUGCACCGAUGACGCCGCGCUCGCCCGCGGCUGGCGGAGAUUCGAGCGCGCGGACUGCGGACGGCGCAAGGUCGGGGAGAGAGCAGCGGUGGCAGGAAAUGGCGCAGAAGGAGAUGAAUCAGAUCUCGCCGGGACGAUUCCCGCCGGUAUCUCCCCGCGCCGUACCCCCAAGCUCCCCUCACCACCAACCUUCCGCUGCCUUGCAAUCCCCGCGCGCUGCGCCGAUGUCCCCUCGCGCGCUUCCCGCCCCUCGCUUCUCCUCCCCGCACGAGCCCGCCUCCCCUCGCGCGCCAACCUCCCCGCUUGCGCCCAACUCCCCUUAUAUGGUGACUUCCCCGCUUGCCUCCGGGCCCCCCUCCCCGUACGCGCCAAUGUCCCCUUACCCUGGCGCUAUGCGCGGAGGUGUUUCCCCCGCUUCACCCGCCACCACUGCUCCUGCGCCCAACCUAGCCCCGCUCAAGCUGCCACCUGGAAGGUCCAUGGCGCAGCAGCAGCAGCAGCAGCAGCAGUCGAAUAGCCCAUUAGCAGCAGAAGCCAAGCCCAGCCUUUGGGAAGCCCGGAAACCGCCUGCAAUGACCAUGCCUGAACCGCGCACGCCUACCGCUGCUGCUGCUGCUGCUGGUGCUGUGCCGUCUAGCCCUGUGCGGCACUACUAUCAACCCGGCGCCUCUCCCAGGUAUCCAAGUGGCAGUGCCCCUCGGGACGCAGGUGCAGGUGGCGGCUACAGGAGCCCAGCCAAUGCGCCGGCCCAUGCUCAGUCCCCGUACCAGCGCAGCGUGUCACCGGUUCCAGGUGCAGCAGCAGCAGCAGCAGCAGCUGGAGGGGGAGCCGGAGCAGUGCCGGUAUCACCUCGGCCCAGCGACAGCAACAAGGGCGGCUCUCUCUACCGGAGCUCGCCCACCCGGCACGAGAGGUUCAAGAUGCUGUACCAAAAACAGAAGCAGCAAAAGCCUGGAGGAGGAGGAGGAGAGAAGCCUGCUGCCAGGCCAUCUCCCAGGUACACUCCCUCCCAGGUUCCUCAACCGUCGGAGCAGCACAUGCCAGCUCGGCAGGACGCCAUUCCUCGCUGUGUAACACCCCCUUGGGAAACCCUAGCCAAGGUAGACAGCUUCCAUCCGUCUCCACUGCUCUUGCCCACUGCACCUGCCCCUCGCUCUCCAUCCCCGCAGUAUGCAUCUCCUGCUGCCCUUUCUGCUGCACUCAAGUCGCCUCAGUCCAGGAAAUUCCAGGGGCCCUCUGUUCAGGCGCCUACGUCUCCACUCCGCCCAACAGCUCCGAAUCUGCCAGACUUUGAGCCGCUGGAUGCGCUGGGCACCCCGCGGGACAUGCUCCUUCCGCCGCCUGUAACACCGUUUCAGAAGGGACGCCUUGCAGAUGUCCGUGACAUUUCUCCUCCUCCUCGAGGUUCCUUGCUGCCCUCAACUCCUCGCAAGCACGCUGAGGAAUUCAGAAAUGGAGGAGGAGCAGGUGAAGCUAAGCAGCUGAAUGCUUACUCUGCACGCAGAGCUCCUGCCUCUCCUCUGCAAGGGGCUUCUUCUGGGUGGAACAAUGCCGACCCCCAACCAGGCAAAGAAGCUUUCUGGGAUGCAGCCGACAAGGGUGGGGACGGCAGCUGGACUGCAUCGAGAAUUGAAGCUGUCACACAUGCGGGAAGGUCAUCGCCACUGCGGAGCUCCCGAAGCUGGCGACAGCUUGUCCCGUCCCUUGGGAAGAUCCGAGGGGUUUCGCCACAGCGUCUGGCUGAUCCUGAUGAGAUCCCGCCUGUUGAGCCAGAUGUGAAAUUCCAGCAGGUGCAGCAGUGGCUGUGGAGCCAGCCGGAUCACCCUGGUGAGGAAGACGAGGAGGAGGACCACUGGAAGGCAAAGGAAAGGACAGCUGAGACAUCCGAGGCUUCACAAACUUCACCUGGAGAGCAGCCUGACGUAACCAGCACAAGAGCAGGGAGUGGUCACAGGGGAAUGCUUGAUGUGGAUGAGCGGCGCAGGAGGGGAUUGGAGAUCUCCCGUCCUCUCUAUGAUGUUGAUGAGCGGGAGAAUGAACUAGUUCAUGCAUCAGUGAGGGUGUCGGCUAUAAGCACCAGCAAGGUGAUGCAGGACAGGGCAAAUAUUGGGGCUUUCAGUCCGGAUGUCAGCCCACGAGCUGGAGCAGGGAGUGCGUGGAAGAAGGUGAUGGGGCUAGGCACUUCAAGCAGGAGCCCAGAUCAUGCCAGAAAGGCAGGAUCUGGUAGGCUUGUACCGGUGCAAGACCCUGACAGGGUUGAGAAUAAGACUGAGCAGCACAGGCUCUUUCGUUCAGGGUCUCCUCUAAGGGCUGUUCUGCGACGGGGUGCACCAUGA